CCGAAAACCAACCACUUGUGGGAGAGGGGAGGCGGGGAACCUGAGCGCGGAAGUGGGAGGGAGAGGAACCCGCCACAUGUAUUCAUUGGUGGCCUCUCAGUAUAGACCCCGCCCCCAGUCCUUGUCGCAGCCCCUUGGCGACCCACUUCCGGCAAAGAGCGGAAGAGGCGGGGUUAAUAUGGCGGCGCCUCUGAGGAUUCAGAGCGACUGGGCCCAAGCCCUCAGGAAGGAUGAAGGGGAAGCCUGGCUAAGUUGUCACCCCCCAGGUAAACCAACUUUGUAUGGCAGCCUAACUUGUCAAGGAAUUGGCCAGGAUGGCAUCCCAGAAGUUACAGCUUCAGAAGGAUUUAUUGUGAAUGAGAUAAACAAGAAAAGCAUUCAUAUUUCUUGUCCAAAGGAAAAUGCAUCCUCAAAGUUUUUGGCACCAUACACUACUUUUUCCAGAAUUCAUUCAAAGAGUAUAACAUGCCUGGACAUUUCCAGUGGAGGCGGUCUUGGUGUGUCUUCUAGUACUGAUGGGAGCAUGAAGAUCUGGCAGGCUUCUAAUGGCGAGCUCAGAAGAGUAUUGGAAGGACAUGUAUUUGAUGUGAAUUGUUGCAGGUUUUUCCCAUCAGGCCUUGUGGUUCUGAGUGGGGGAAUGGAUGCCCAGCUGAAGAUCUGGUCAGCUGAAGAUGCUAGCUGUGUGGUGACCUUCAAAGGUCACAAAGGAGGUAUUCUGGAUACAGCCAUUGUUGAUCGGGGGAGGAAUGUGGUGUCUGGUUCUCGAGAUGGGACAGCACGACUUUGGGAUUGUGGGCGCUCAGCCUGCCUGGGAGUCAUUGCAGACUGUGGUUCUUCUAUCAAUGGAGUGGCUGUGGGUGCUGCUGACAACUCCAUAAACCUCGGCUCGCCUGAGCACACGCCGAGUAAGUUGGUGAACGGGAGGUUGGAACAGAGUCGAAAAUGCUGCUGUUGGCACGGGAGGAUAAGAAACUUCAGUGCUUGGGACUGCAGAGCAGGCAGCCGGCAAGUGGUUCCUCUAAGACUUUGGAACUCUGGGGCAUGCUGGAUCACUCUGAUUUUUGGAAAGCGGUUUUGGAAACAUUUCUGCUUGCUCCCUGUGUUCAUCUUUUGAGAAAGCUGCAGGAGUAAAGGGCAAUAGAGUGUAACGAUUAAGAGCAUGGAAUUUGGAGAAAGGGCAGCAUUCACAUCGUAGCUCUUCUAUAAUGGUUGUGACAUUUAAUAGGUUACUUAACCAUUCUGAGCCUCAGUUUCCUCAUCACUAAAUUGGGCAUAGUAGUACUCACCUUGUAGGGUUGUAUGAUGAGGAUUAAAUGCUCUACUUCUUUGUGACCUUUGUUAAGUCACUUUCUCUCUGGGCUUCAGCAUACUGUGUAUAAAAUGAUGAGGUUAUAUAGAUUUCCUUCCAUAUCCAAGGUAAUGUGAAGAAAUUCUGAGUCAAGGACUCAUGCAUUCAGGACUCUUGAUCAACUAGUGACCAGAAUGUCUCUUAUGGAAGAAUUAUUUGAAUUUUUUUCCUUCAGCCUUUGAAAUUUUGCACUGGGCAUACUACUCUUCAUUAAGCCCAGGGUUCCCUGGGAUUUGAUUUUGCCCAUCAGCCUCACCCAGAUAACUUUAAUGAUAUGGGUUGGCUAUAGAUUUUAUAUUUUCAUUUCUUCUUGUUACUUUUGUUCUAGUGAUGUUUCCAUUUUCAGAAAUGACAUUCCAGGAACGUCACUCUUUCUGGUCGUAUCGCCUCUGCACUGCUUCCUUCUGAAGGGAAAUCACAGGUUUUGUUUGUUUGGCCAGAUUUGUUUUUUUCCUUUCUUUUUAGAACAUUUGAGGCAGAAAUGAUCAGAUUGAGCUAACAGUAGAGAACAACAACAACAACAACAUCUGAUAAUUCCUUUUUUCGGGAAGAAUUAUAAUUCUUUAAAUUGCCACUUUAUUUAAGCUUGUUUCUUUUCCUAUGUAGUCUCCCUUCAAAAGGUUGUCAGAAGUGACAUGAACAAAAUUUAAAUGUGUGAAUUGCAAGUAUUUCCCAAAUGGAGGGUUGUAAUGAGAAGCAGAAGAAAGAUGUUGGAGACUGAGGGUCGUGGGAGGCAGUGUGGAUCCUGGGAGGCAGUGUGUUGAGGGGCAGUAGUUUGAAAACUGCAUCUGGGUGUGGUUGUGCAUACAUUGUUUUAAAGUCCUCUGCGGGGCCUGGUUCCUCUUUGGUCCUUGCUGAGUACUUUGUUUAGAAACAGAGUAGUUAAAGGGAGAGGAAAGCAAAUGUCUCUAAAAAUAGGAAAUUUUUCCCUUUUUUGGUAUCUGCUUAUUUCUGAAAACAAUGUUUAAGCAGCAGUUUCGGCUCCUGCUUGUUCCCAGGUGUUCCUCUUUGUUGGCUCAGAUGCCUUCAACUGCUGCACUUUUCUCUCUGGCUUCUUGCUGUUGGCUGGGACACAGGAUGGAAACAUUUAUCAGCUGGACGUGAGGAG